UAGAACAAAAACACUCAAAAUGAACAAGCACAGGGAAAUGUGCUUGACCACUUGACUGUAUUGCCUAAAAGGAAUAUGGGGUUUGGACGGACAUCCUAAGCUUUCCAUAAAAGUUUAAUGUCAGGUUAAAUUGCGGUAAAAGUAACAUUUCCUGAAGUGUCCUACUUUAUCAGUAUUCACCAUAAGUGAGGUUAAUCUAUUAAGUUUGCGACCCAUAUUGUGAAAUGGCUUUAAAUUUUAAAUUGAACACUUUAAAUUGAAACUUCCAGGCAGAAUAAGAAAGUUAGAAUUGUUAUCACUCUCGUUUGUGAUUGAAGAAUUUGAGCUUUUUGAGAUCUCACAUUAAAAAAUGUACAUGGUAUCAUGGUAUUUAUGGUAUAUGUGAGGUGUGUGUAGCCUAAUUGUUUAGAGAUCUGUAGUAGAACGGCACUACACAUCAUCACUCAUUCACUUUUUUUGGCUGUUCAGUGUGUUAAUAUGAGUUCACGUCUUUUUGUUGUUAUGACAAUGUAUGCCAUCUACACCCCUGUGAAAAAAAAUGCCAUGUUGUCAGUAAACAAAACACUCCCGACAUCAUGAUGAACUUGCUGAUAGAUUCAACAGUUGCAUUCUAACACACACGGGUCAAAUGGUCAACACCGUCAAACCUUCCGGUGUAUUUUUAGUGCAAUAAUUCGAGAUUUCUUAAAGUUCUUGAUGUAUUUUCUGCAGGCUUUAUCUGACUAAUGCAUGGUCAAAUGGCAGAAACUACAAAAGAAGAAGUAGAUGCUGGAAAUGAGGUUAAUGACCCAUCAGAAUGGGCUGAGGAUGCAACCAAGGGUUCGAAAAAUGGUGAAAAACAGAUGGAAAGUCCACUCAAAGAGAAGAGUCUUGGAUUCAAGAUGUCAUUCAGAGAAAGUUUGAAAGCGGUCAGUAAAAAGAGCCCUAUUGUAUUUAAAAACAAAAGGUCAGAGAACACUGAUGACCAAAGCUCAAAUUCUCCAUUACGACCACCGCACUCACCAAGUUUGAGCAAAGGAUCUCCCUCGCAAUCUUCAUUUCAGAGUCCAAAGGCAGGAAAGGCUUCUCUUGCCAGAACUAUGUCAGAUUCUGCAGUUGAAAUAACAGGUUCAUUGGCAAGGAGAGGGGCAUCGAUCAGGCAGAGUUUGGGUCUGGGUACUAAACAAAAAAAACAAGAACUACUUGAACCCGUCACAGAGGCGAAGACUCCCUCUGAAGAGCAGACAGAGGUCAUAGAUACAGUGUUGGAGCUCAGAAACACAUAUACUCUGCCAGAGAUACCACCUAUGCCUUUGUCAGUAAUGGAGAUUAACAAACUGAUAGAGAGGGAAGUUCUAGAGGAGGCCUACGUGAAUCUACUGUCUCUACGCCUGGAGUUUCAGAAGGAGCAUCAAUCUCUGGAUCAAGAAGACUAUCCCAUCGAACUAGUCAAUAAAGAGAAAGAUCUCAGUCUGCUCUAUGGCACAUUAAGGAACAAAAUGUUUGACAUCGUACGCAACUCCAGUGCUCUUCCCUCAUGCAAUAAAGAGCUGCUGGUGUAUGUAGCACAGAUUAUCCUGGAGGAAGAGAAGAGGCAGGGAGAGCCAGGAGCGAUGCAAGGAUGGAGGGAAGCAUGGAGGGAGGCAGUGCUAAACGGGGUUCGAGAUACACUGAAGAAAGUUCAUCUGGACAGCCGUGAGCAGAACGCUUCCUGGCUGGCAGUGCAUCUGGGGCUUCUGGGUAAAGUUGUGGUGGGGGAUUUGGAGAGAGUGAAGACUGAGCUUCAGAGCUCAUAUCCAGAAGACUUUAAUGUGUUUCAAACGUAUGUGUCCUGCUAUCACGAGGCUGUAGGAGAGCAUCUAAAGAGACUUCUGGAAAAGGUGUUAGAGCUGAAAGAUUACUAUGCUCUUCUAGAGUUCAUUAUUCAUCGCUACCCCAGUGAGAAGGUAAUGGGGAGCAGCUCUCUUCAGCCUGAGUUGAAGGAAGAUCAGAGAGUGCUGACACUGGACAAAAAUUUCCUUAAUCAGAUAAAAGACAAAUACUGUGGUCGCUUACAGGCUGACAUGAAAACAUCACUCAACAGAAUUAUUGAGUUGGAGAAUGAGGAAAUGUGGAAAGAAAAGAGAAAACCAGAGAUUGAUGAGGGAAUCUACAGCUCACACAUUGACAUGGACAUCUGGACUAAUAUUAAGGGGCAUGUACAAGGAUCCAGAAGACUUGAUGUGAACCUUGAGCAGAAGGUUGUGCGUUCCUGUUUGGAGGAACUGAAGACCUUUCCAAAACGGUUUGAGUCAGCGUUUGUUGAGUGGAGCAGUCCUCUGUCAAACUCCUCUCUCUGGGCAGAGUAUCACAUCAGUUACAUCAACAGCUUUAGUGCCCUGAAAGAGCACAUGAAGAGCUAUCAAGACACCUGCCCAAUUCAGCUAGGGCUGGUUCACAAUGAAAUCGAUGGACUGACCACCAGAUUGAGUCAAGCUGUGAUGGAGGACUUCAAAACAAAUGUCAAGCCUUACCUCAGGAGACAAAUGACAGGGAAAUGGUUUUCGUUUGAUGAAGACUUUUCACAGCUGAUCAGCAGAACUAAGACUCUUUCUGAUCAGAGCAAGUACAUGACCCCAAAACAUAAACAGGCUUUUGUGAACAAAGCUCACUUUUUUGUGGUGAAGGAAUAUGUAUCUCAGCUGAUGAAGAAUAACUACUCAUGCAAAAACAGGAAGAAUGAGACAGCUGCCACUAAGAUAACAAAUCAGUGGGAGGAACUGAAGGAGAUUUUCCAAGAUAUGAACUCAACCUUAGAUUGGCUUCAUCCAGUCGGGAACCAGCUGAGCAUGAUCAUUGGGUGCAAAAAAAGUGACGUAAAACAACAUUUACAACCAUUAGUUAAUAACUAUCCAGACAUCAGGAAGAGCCAUCUCUCAGCUCUGCUGUACUUCCGGGGAAUUAUAAGAGGCAGGGAAAAGCAUACUAUACUACAGCGGCUGGCAGAGCUGAAGCAGAGAACAGGGAAUACUGGGAAUAGAGAGCAGGCUCUCUUUAGUGAGAUUCAAGCAGCAGUCAACACAGACUGCCUGGCUGGUACACCCUUCUCCUGUUUGUCCUUCAUUGUACCAGACAGCUAAUGCACCUCAUUUGAUUUGAAGUGGACAACAGAAUCAUUGCACUGUUUGAAAGCGACCAUAAGUCUAAUUCAGAAUAUGA